CACGUGACACAAAUAUUAUUUUUAUCGAUGUAUAUUAAUUGUUAGAUUAUUAUUUUCUUAUUAAGACAAGGGAUCGACACACGGAUACUUAUAUUAGGGUAGUUAAAUGUUAAUGCAAUAAACGAUUGAAGCUUUGAAAAAUAUAGGAAAGAGGCUGAGAAUUGAAUUGACAUUUAGAGUUAUAUAUAUAUAUAUAUAUAUAUAUGAAUUCAUGGUUUUGAAUUGUUAGAAGAAGCCCAAUGAUUCAUGGUUCUGAAUUUGGUCAUUUCAAUUAUUUGGUUUCGCUAACCGAUAGUAUAUAUAUUUGGUUGGUCACAUCAAUUAGUUUCUUUCCUUUCUAGCCAACUUGCUUAGUUGCCCUUUCAACUUCAGCUUCUCUAUUUGCUCUCCCCUUCACCAAUUUCACUAAAUAACUUGAUAAAUAAAAUAAGAGACUCAAAUAACUUGACAGAGUGCUUCGUCACUCCCUACUACUCAUAUAUAUUAAUCUUUGUUUCAUUCUUAUCUUAAUUAUCAUUUUUUUUUCACUUUGCUAAUUUUUCUCAUUCAAUUCAUGUCAAUUUUGAGGCUGCGGAGGAGAUCUGAGAAUUCAAUUAAUUUUUCUUUGCUUUUAAAUUUUAUUCUUGCAAAUGUGUUAGUUAGCUUCAAAUUCAUUUUCAUCUUUUCUCUCUCUUGGAUUUUGCUUCCUUUUCCAGUUCCUUUUGUGAUUUUUUUUUAAUUUCUUUUGGAGUUUGAGCAUAAAAUAUUUAUAAAAGAAUUCAGAUGUGCAGGGUCAGAUUUGGGUGUCAUGAUUUGCUUUUGUGACAUUCACUUUGAUUCUUUUAUUCAUUUUUUUUUUUUGUGUGCAAAAUAAUCUAAAACUUACAAUUAUAAUGGGAGGGAGUAUAUAUAAGAUGCUUUUAAGAAAGUUGCUUGUGCCCUGCGAACCUCAUCGCUACUAAUGCCUACUAGUAAUAGUUAAUAAAAAACUAUAUUGGUCAUAGUUAAUGAAUACACAGAUACAUACAAAAUAUAAAUUCAAUUGGUUCUGGCAAUAGUGGUACGCUGUUUUGUUCCGUAUUUAUUUUUAUCAUAGAAGGAUAAUUAAGCAGUUUAAUAAUUAUGCAGAAUUAAGUUAGAUAUUUAUGAAUCACAUAAUUUUUAUUUUAUUUAUAUUAAAAUGAUAUGAUGUUAACACUUUGAAUAAUUAUUAUCUAUUCGUUGAUAUCUCACAUGACUAUAUAAAUAUAUUCAUUUUCAUCUAUUAUCAUUAAUCAAAAGUAUACGAGUUGUUAUUUUUAUUUUUUUGAUAAGUUUUCUUUGUAGCUCUUUGAUAAUGUUUUUUUUUGGAAGGUCAUCAGCUGAAAUCUGUUAUGGAACUGGGCAAAUUUCAGGUUUCUUUAGCUAGGACUAUGUCAAGGUUGGAGACUUGAUUGUCUUGACCGGGGCGAGGUUGCAAAAUCUAUCAUAUGCUUGGAAAUCGCCGCCAUGAGACUCAGCAUUCUCUUCGACCGAUCCUCUGCGGCGAGGCUGAGCGGAAUGUCCGAAAGAGCUUACAUCAGAUCCUACAAUUCACUCCACAACGGCCUUGGCGUCAAGAUGAAGUUAGAUGUGAGGGAAUUGGCGAUUCAGUUUGGUUGCGUUCGCAUUAUUACUCUAGUUCGCGACGGUCUUAAAUUAUAUAAGGAUCGGUUUGUUUCGUCGUUGCCGGCUUCUCGUCGUGCAAGCGCUGAUUUCACGCGUCCAGUGUUCACUGCUGUCGCUUUUUAUCUAUGUGCUAAGAAACACAAGCUUAAAGUGGACAAACUUAAGUUAAUUGAGCUCUGUGGUACAUCUGAAUCUGAGUUUUCUAGUGUUUCUGCUACUAUGAAGGAUUUGUGCCAUGAUGUUUUUGGGGUUGCGAAGGAAAAGAAGGAUCCUAAGCAAGUGCAGUCAAAUCGAGAUUUGCUUGAUGUUUUGCCAAGUAAAAGGAAAGCUGAGGAUGGUGGUUAUUCAUCCGAUGAUGGUCCAGAGCAGCUUUCAAGUUAUAAAAAAGCCAAGAAAAUGGAAAAACGUGAUUUUGAGAAAUGGAAAUCUUCUGUGCUUGCAUCCAAUGAACAAAACAAGAAAGCGCCUUGCAAGCGAACCAGACAGACUAGUCUCAACUUUCUCAACAAAGCUUCCGAUAAUCAAGAGUUGGAGGCAAUGUGAGAUGGUAUUGCUGUGUUUUAUGGUCAAAUAUGAUUUUGGUGGAAGUUCAGCUCAUUGGGAAAAAAGAAAGAAUGAAGAAAGAUGACAUCAACUGAUAUUGGUAUGGAAUAGAACUCAAUUUUGUUAAAAGUUGUCCUUUUUGGAAAUUUCCAAAGCAUUAGUUUACACCAA